GAGUGCGAUCGACGCGCGUUUUACAAACGAAGUCUUAUUAAACGCUUUAUUAUUAAUUCCGAAAUGUCGACAUAUUCGAUAGACGCUGAAUUAUUCAUCGCUGAAGUAUCAAAACAGCCAGCUAUAUGGGAUUUGACUAGCGAUGAAAAUAAGCUGAGAAGGUACAAGGAUAAAGCAUGGGCGGAAAUCGCAAGAGUAUUCAUAAUAAACUUUGAUGAAUUGCCAGAUUCUAAUCAGUUAGAUAUUUUUCAAAAAUUACAAGGCAAAUGGAGAAACCUACGUGACAACUAUGUGCGUUCGUUGCGAAAAAAAGACUCACGAUACGCACACACUGAAAGGAUGUCCUUCCUCGACGUGGUGUACCAGCACCGACCGACGAGAAGCAUGGACAGGAAACGUUUUCAGAAACGCAGAAAGAACCGUAUUAAUUUUAAAGAGGAUUCUUCGUCGAACGACGAGCAAGGCCCAUCAACUUCGAUUGAAGACAGACUUGAUGAAUCGAGCCCAAGCAAUCUAGGUGCCGAUACUUUAAUAAUUAAAGCGGAAUCAUCUAGUGAAGAUGACCAUCCAUCUAUUAUUGAAAAUUUAAAACGAAAGAGAAGAGUGAAGGAAAAUCGCGUCGAGUUUUUAGAAAUACCGAAAGAAGAGGAAGUCCGGGUUACGUCAACCAAUGUUCCGGAUGAGGACAAAUUAUUCUUUGACUCUCUUUUACCGGUAGUGCACGAAUUUAAUCUAGACCAAAAAUUAGAAUUUCGCACGCAAAUUUUGCAUUUAUUAAAAAAAAUACGUUCUAAUCCAUUAUAAUUUAUAAUAAAUAGAUGAAUAUACUUUUAAUAUUUUCAUUGUGAAACCCUAUUAGUUAUCAUAAUAGACGUAAAGCAAAAAACGCAACGAAAUAAUAUCGCAAAAGAUAAGUCGAUUUAAACACGCAUGGAAAUGUAAUCGUCGAUAAAGUCAAGUGAUUAUUAAAAACAGUAUUGUUUUUAUAUCUGAUUAAAUAAUUGUUGAAUA